AUUUUUGUCAACAACUUCAACAGCGAAGUUUUCUUUUUUCAUUUAUUUUUAACCAGUUUGAAAUUUUGUGGGAAAAUGCUGCGAAGGUUGCAUCUGGAGAGGCUCGGGUUGGCAGAUCCGUGUGACAGGGACGACGCUGUCGACGAUGAUGCCACGGACAGUUCCAAGUCCAAUGAUGACGAGUUUGCGGAAUCGGAAAUGGCUAUAAUUCAGGCUCGGGUGAGGAGUGAGUUGGAGCGCACGUGCGAGGGCGACCCUGGGACAAAUAUUUACGGAGCUGUCAUUGAGUCCAUUGCCAGGUUCAGAGGGCUGCUCAUGGCCCUGGACCUCCGUUGGGCAGACAUGCUGGACAGACGUGGGUACACUGACAAGAUCAACGUUGAUGCCAUGGUGCGAGGGUUUGGGAUCCGGGCCAGCCACUUGCUGGACAAUGUGAAUGCCAUGCGACAGAGCCGGAGAGCUGGCAACCUUGACACCUCGGAAGAUGAUUCCUUACACAUGCCGGAAGAUGGGUAUGCGCCUCAGGGCAAGGCCCUGAUAGUGCAGGAGAUUAAGCUUGAUGGCCCAGUUAAGAAGCCCGGGAUGAAUGUCAUCAGCUCCACCAAAACCCUUCCUCCCAGGAAUGCCGGAAUUUAACAUAAUUUUAUCUUAUGCCGGAAGUUUUCCCUUCGUUUAUUUUCUUGAUGUAGUGAUAAGUUUUCUUUAUUCCUUGAUGUGUAUUCCUUGAUGUGUUUUGGAAAAUUGGCUUACUUUUAUUGGUAUGCCUGAAUUUUUUUUUCAUUUCCAGUGUUGAGCUCUUUCUGAAUGAAUGCGUAAUGAGAAAAGGACAGUAUGGGUUUGAAACAAAAAGACUGAUGAGCUGAGAAAACA